GAGUAGUGGAAGAGGAGAGGGGUAGGGUUAUUGCGUGCCCGAAAGUUUGUGUUGUGAGUCGGUCGGUUAUAACGUUAUAACCGUUAAGAGACCAAAACAUCUGCAAAACAUUAAUAUCCGUAGGAAAACUGAGUGCUCCUGGAAGCUUGCACCGUGGUACAUUUUCUUGAAAGAAACCCGGAGCACUAGAAAAGGAUGUGCGUUGGAAAGGUUGUGAAGGGGAUUUGUCACUGUCCCUGUUUCGUCUGCUGCCUUUGACCCCGGCUGCUGAUGGCCAUGACAGCUUUGUGAGGACUCUGCUGGUGUACAAGAAAAUAAAGCAAAUAUGGAGGCCCUCAGGUGCUUACCCCAAGAAGAUGCCACCCCAGUUGCUGCCUUAACAUGUUCCAUUCAUGAACUUCCUCAUGAAAUACUAGUUUCAAUCUUCAGUUACUUGAAACCCAGUGAACUCUUAUAUGGUGUUGGUAUGGUUUGCAAGAGGUGGUGUGAGCUCUCUAAAGAACCUUUGGCCUGGCAGAAAACCUCAUUUUCUCUUUGGGAUGACACCCGCAUAUGGCGUCAUGCUCCCUUCAUUGGACAUUUGGAAAUUCUCGCUCCCAAUGAAACUGAAGUUGAAAAAGUUCGUCAACUAGUUGCUUCAACAGGACCAGCUUGUGUGCGAUCAAUGAGAAUUAUCUUAAGGCAUCCUAGGGAUGCUUUAGGUAUUCUUCGGAAGUAUGAAGAUGUUAUUCGCACAUUAGAUUUACAGGUGGGAGGCCAAGAUGCAUUUCCUCAUGACUGGCGCGAGUUCUUCGACGCAAUUGGCAUGCUGUCAGAUUUACGCAGUCUUUCUGUGCGUAUCUCACCAGUUCUCCCUGAUAUUCCAUACGACAAACAAAUAUCUGCAGGAUGCCGUGCACUGCGGUCUCUUCGUGUUCGUGGCCAGGAAUGUCUUGCUGCAGAUUUGGUCCGCGACCUUGGUGGUAUUGUUUCAAGCCUGGUCCUUAGCUGUAGUUUUGAUGAGCACUCUCACAAACUGAUUCAAGCCUUGUCAACAUGUACAGCAGUUAGGGAGCUGACCUUGCCAUGCUGCAUGAUAGCUUCUGUGUCACAUGUGCAAUCACUGCAGUCACUGAAACUGAUAGCAGAUCAUGGUCCUACUGCUAUAGAUGAUGCAAUUCUGUCUGCAUGUCCAACAUUGCAAAAAAUUGAAAAGCUGGAGGUUUGCAACUCUCGCACACAAAAUGCUCCUGAAUUGGGAAUGAAUCGAUGUGUAUCUAUGAUUGCUCGGCAUUUGAAGAACUGCCACUCUGUGGAUCUUAGAGGGUUACGUACACUUGAUGAAUACCUAUCAGAAUUCAUCAAUGAAGCCAAAACAGUGCAAUCUUAUGAAUUGAUUUGCAAAGUGUACCAUCUCCUACAGCUCGAAAACUUAGAAAAUGUGAGAACAGUCAGAGCUGUGUUAGAUACUCAGGGCAUGGGUGUGCCCUUUGUCUUAAAUACUGUUAAUAGACUGAGGGCUCAUCCCAAAAAAAUAUUUUACAUUCAUUUUCAUUACAUGGGUCAUUAGAACCCGUUUCAUUCAAAUCAUGUUUGUACUUUUUUGAAAUUCAUUAUCAUAGUCAUUUCGUGUUCAGUUGAAACCUUCCUAUAUCUUCCUUCAUGUAGUCAAGUAAUAAUUAUUAUAAAGUCCUCUACAUUUCUCUUUGUUUAAUGUAUAUUGGAGCAUGUCUAUAACCACUUAGUUACCACUGCGGGAAAUGCUUCUCUAGCCUAGUUACCAGCCUUGGCUCGUUGAAGGGAACAGUCAGAAUUUCGUCAAGAAAAAUGUAGUAAACAGUAAGGAGCUGUAGUCCACAUCUGUUGUCAAACAUCUUCUCAUAAAUCAUGUAUAGUGGUUAGAAUUAAUUUUAUGUGAAAGCUUAAAAUUAUGGUGCAUGUGUUCAACACAAACUUUUCUACACUGCUAAAGCUGUAUCAAUAAAGUGUUGUACAUUGUUGCUUUUUUUUUUUAAAAAAAUCACUUCAACUCUGUGAUAAAGAUUAAUUUGUAUAUGUGCUCUAGGACUUCUUUUAAGUGUUAAAGGUUGUGAAAUCUUUUAAUGAAUUAAGUGAAUGUUUCCUUUUCUUAAUAAUGAAAUUUGAAAAGUCUGUUUUUAGUCUGCAGCAUUGUGAACCUCCAUUAUAGUGAAAUCACUAGAAUUGUAGUUGAGUUGAAUCUUGGAUUACAUAUUAAUUUUAAUGAAUUGUUAAAUGAAGAAGAGGAGUACACACUCUUCUUAUAUAUUUAUAUACAUCUAUCACUAUUAUGGAUGAUCACUGUCAAUUUUGCUGAUAAUUGCUCUCCAUUUUGAUGCUUGGCAUAUUCAUUCCUUGUUGUGUUGCUCUAGAAUUUUAUUUUUCCUUAUUAUUGUGUCAAACUAUUAUCCUUUAGUUGGUAUUUCUGGUACCAAUAUUGGUAUGGCAUAUUCAAUUUUCGCAAUAUAGUUAUAAUUUUUGUGUAUUUUAAUCGUAAGCAAAUCAAUAUAUCACCAUUCAUUAUUUUAAUUUGUGUUCUCUUUAAGGCAAUGUCAUGGUCAUGUCUUUUAUAUUAUUAACUACAUGUGUACUUAAUGUGGCAUGUAUUGCAUUUUAUUAUGCUUCAUCAGACUCGAUGAAAUUUUUUCUCUGUUCUUGUUUGUUGUUUUUGUUUUUGUUUUACUGAGGGAUCUGCUUUUAGUUGGACUCAGACUCAAGGUGUGUGAGAAUUGGACUUUUGAUAUCCAUUCUCAAAAAAAUUUGUGCAAUCCUCAAACUUUUCCUUUUUUAGUUGAGUUCUUUCAUUCUCAUUUGAGAAAAAAUCUCAUUUACCAGCUGCUAUAAUGUGUUUCCUUUUGAAUACCAUUAGCAAAUACUUUUAAGACUAUUGUAUUGAUCACUUUUAUACUUAGAAAGUAGUCAUUACAUCCUGUUGUUGAAAACAACGCGUGUAAUAAAUAAAGUGUCGCCUUUAUUGAUAGCCAAA